ACUUACAUAUGAUAUAUGAUAAUGUUCCACAAAAAAAGAUUUUGAACAAGUUAUUAGUUGAUAUUCACAUAUGUCUCCUUUGCAUAUUAGUCUUCACACUCGAACUCUUGUUUUAUGUUAUUAUGCAAUAAUCCAUGUUGCUAAUUCACUAUCAUUUGAUUACCCUUAUUUUAAGAAUGGUGAUGUUAAUUGGGAAGGAGAUGCUUCUCCUUAUAAAGGAACUAUCCAAAUAACAUCCAACAGCCUUGACCAAAACAACAAUUACAGCGUCGGUCGUGUCACGAGUUUGGAACAGAUGCUCCUUUGGGAUUUGAGCUCAGGAAAGCUCUCUGACUUCACCACCAAAUUCUCCUUUGUUGUUUUUUCAAAAACAAGUAAUUAUGGUGAUGGAAUGGUAUUCUUCAUGGCUGAUCCAAAUCUCCCACUUUUGAAGAAUAUCAAAGAAGGUGGUGGUCUUGGCCUUGUGGAUGGAGACCAACUACUGAAUUCAACUCAACACUCUUUUGUGGCACUUGAAUUUGAUACCUUCAAUAAUCCAUCAUGGGAUCCUUUUGGUCAAGGCCCUCAUGUUGGUUUCAAUUUCAACUCCAUGAGGUCUAUUAUAACUAAGCCAUGGUUUACUAAUAUUCUACAAUGGAGUGUUUAUAAUUGCAGCAUUCACUACAAUUCAACCACUUUUAAUUUGAGUGUUUCAUUCACCAUGUACAGCGACGAUAAACCAGUUGAAGAUUACAUAUCAUACAAGGUUGAUUUAAGAGAUUUCUUACCUGAGAAGGUUAUUGUUGGCUUCUCUGCUGCAACAGGAAUAUUGUAUGAGGUGCAUACGCUUCGAUCGUGGUCGUUUCAUUCAAGUUUAUUACGUGAUGAAACCCGAUAUCAGAUAACCGCGCCAAUCACUAGUCCUAUUUCUGGAAAAGAAAACAAGAUAGGAUUGAAAAUCGGGCUUGGAAUCGGUACAGGCUUGGCUGCGAGUUUGUCUGGAUUGAUUUGUACUCUAUUAUGGAAGAGGAGUAAAAGGAGAAAAGAAGAGUUUAGUUUUGAUCUCAACAUGGAUGAUGAAUUCCAAAAAGGAACUGGACCUAAGAGAUUUUCCUACAAUGAACUAAUGAGUGCAACAAACAAAUUUUCAGAAGCAUAUAAGGUAGGACAAGGUGGUUUUGGUGGUGUAUACAAAGGUUAUUUGAAAGAGUUGAAUUCUUAUGUUGCUAUCAAGAGGAUAUCAAGAGAGUCAAGACAAGGAAUACAAGAAUAUGCAACUGAAGUUAAGGUCAUAAGCCAAUUGAGACACAGGAAUCUUGUACAACUUCUUGGUUGGUGUCACAAAAAGAAUGAUUUUCUUCUUGUAUAUGAGUUUAUGUCAAAUGGAAGCUUAGAUUCUCAUCUAUAUGGUGACAAAAGCUCUUUGACAUGGACAGUGAGGUAUAAGAUAGCAUUCGGUUUGGCUUCAGCGUUGCUUUAUUUACAAGAAGAAUGGGAGCAGUGUGUGAUUCAUAGAGAUAUUAAAUCAAGUAACAUUAUGUUGGAUUCAUGUUUCAAUGCUAAGCUUGGUGAUUUUGGUUUAGCUAGGCUUGUUGAUCAUGAAAAAGGGUCACAAACUACACUUAUAGCUGGGACAAGAGGUUAUAUUGCACCUGAAUAUUUCACAUCAGGAAAGGCUACUAAGGAAUCUGAUAUAUAUAGUUUUGGUGUAGUGUUGUUGGAAAUAGCUAGUGGAAGGAAAGCCAUUGAGAGAGAAGAAAAAGAGGGUCAAAUAAGUGUUGUUGAGUGGGUUUGGGAGCUUUAUGGAUUGGGAAAGUUGCAUGAAGCAUGUGAUCCUAAGUUGUGUGGAGCAUUUGAUGAGAAGCAAUUGGAAUGUUUGGUGAUUGUUGGACUUUGGUGUGUUCAUCCAGAUUAUUUAUUUAGGCCUUGUAUAAGGCAUGUGAUUCAGGUUCUCAAAUUUGAGUCUCCUUUGCCAAUUCUUCCAGAAAAAAUGCCUGUGCCAACUUAUUUUCCUUCAACAAUGAAAACACUUUUUUCCUCAGUUUCGUCCACCUAUUGGACAAAAAGUUAGAAAUAGGCAUAGUGUAAGAAUCAUAGGAGAACUUUUCUGUAUAGGACCAAAUUAUUUAACAUUAGUAUUUGCAACAUAUGUGUUCAAUAUAUUUUUUCCUGAGCAAAU